ACUGAACUACAGUAUGAAUAUUCUGGACAAAACGCUCACUGAGCUUCACGGUAUGCUGAAGACCGCUGAAAAGACGCUCAAAAGUGAUAAGCAGGAUGUGCUUAUGGUGCGUGGGGGCAAGUUCAAGAAAUCUGGAAAGAAGAGGAAUGCUAAGAAAGGUGGCAACAAGGCCAGCCCAACUAAGCAAACUGGCGCCAAAUCUGUAAAGAGGAAGGUCAGUCAACCCACUUCUGAAUCCGAAUGCUUCUACUGCAAGAAGAAGGGGCAUUGGAAGAGAGAUUGCUUGAAGCUAAAGGAAGAUCAGAAGAACGGAACAGUCGUUCCAUCUUCAGGGACUAAGAAGAAAUAGAAAGUUAAGCAAGGGUGAAGUCGACCUACGAGUGGGAAAUGGAGCACGGAUUGCUGCAUUAGCUGUAGGAACUUACUUUUUGUCGUUGCCCUCCGGGCUAGUUUUGGAACUGGAAGAAUGUUUCCAUGUUCCAAGUCUUACUAAAAACAUCAUUUCAGUUUCUUGCUUAGAUGCU